AUGACACAUACCCGUAGACGACCUAGUGAGUGUCAGCAAAGUGUCCGGCAUGGCAGGCGCAGGCGCAGGUGCGGCUGGGGGGUGGGACAUACAUGGCUGGCGACAGCCAAGACCCUGGUCUCCGGGACGAGAAGAUCGGCAGACAUGAUAAAAUGAAGGGAGGUGGUGGAGGGGAAGAGGAGAGUCGCGAAGGGGAUCGAGAAUCGAUGUCAAUCCGCUGGGUCGGCGAUAGGCGAGGUGGGCCUCUGGGUUGCCGCCGCCCUGAUUGGCCGGCGGGGCCGGCGUGCAGCCCGUGUCAUUCGGGACUUUUCAUCUGGUCUGGAUUCUUUCACUGGUUCGUGCUAGUUAUAUCCAUUGGAUGACUGGGAAUUGAAAUGACCAAGUCCUGUCCUCGGGCUUGUAUCGAGUCAGUUCGUUUCAGACGCG